AAAUCGCUGAAUAUUAAUACAAUGAUUUGUACACGUAUGAUAAUUUCGCACAAGAGAAGGGGUAAGUCAACGGUGCCUGAAUUAUCGUUAGAAGUAUAAAUACCUGCGCUGGAUUUUUCAUACCCCAUAUCGCUACUGGGCAUUUCAUUAACGUAUCUAAAAAAAAAAACCUUGUCGCGGAAAAAAUUGUGCAACCGAUGGCCUGCGUCAAUACGCGUCACGAUUCCGCGAUCGGUUGAUCAUUCGAAUGUUCUAUGACUAAAAAAAAAUUCUGACCGACAAUUUACUCGCCAAAUAAUUUCCAAUGAUUCAGAAUUCUCCGUAGAUUUCUGUCGCAACGAAGAAAGAUGCGUGCGAAAUGGUGAAUUCUCCCACGCUCUUUCCCGUAUAUUCCAAGGCUUUUUUUCCUCCAAAAUUAUUAAACAUCGCCUAACCACAUGCAACCAGAGUUAUGCUCCCGCAUGCAUAUUGCGUUCUCCAGAAGAAUAUACCCUGUUGCGAUGCGUUAUGAGUUAUGACAACCUCGCAGCAUUCGUACAUUUUGCAAAAAAAUUCUUGAACCGAUUCCCGCACGAACGUACAGAGUUCAAUUCAUAAAAUCUUAUUCAGAUGCACGGAAUUUCGUACUGACCAGUUAUUGUGCAGUAAAAAAUUCGAAUGAGCUCAUGAGUUUUUCCAAUCAAUGCAUAUUCUGGACGUAAACGAAGCACAACGGUUUAAGAAAUGUGUCAUUUUUUAUCAUCGAUGAUUAUUACAUCGCUUGUUAACAUCUGCUCCUAGUUAUUCAAGUUCGAAGAUUUUAUCUGUGGUAUCAGCGAAUUGAUUUGUCGGUGCAGCGGUUCAGGUUCACGCGAUUUCCAAUAUGAUUCCGGUUAUCGUGCUCUUCGGUCAGAUUGACUCAAAUGCAUAUAAUUUAUUCCAGAUAAUGAAAAACGGAAUAAUUUCUGAAGUAUAAUAUUAAAUCCUCUACCUGCUCAACUCGCCGUAGGUCUGAAUGUCCAAGUUUAUAAAAAACCCCAAUAGAAAAUUUUGCAUACUGGAUAGAUAUUACCUAUCAAUCUCGAUUGAAGGACUGUUAUUAAUACUUUUUUUUUUUUUUUUAAUUUUCUACUCCACACGACUUAACGAAACAUUGUCUCACUGACAACGCGCAGAAAAUAAACUGUUUUUUAAUUAAUGCAGCCGUGUAACUCGACGAUUAAAGGAUAAGAUCUAUUGUACAGUUCAUCCUGGGGUUGAAGGUGGAGUCGCAGUUUCUGAAGGAUUUCCACAACAAUUCAGUUUUGUUUUCCUACGAACAUUAAUUGAAGGUCGUCCAUAGGUCACCGCUACACUUGAUCAGAAUUAAUUAUUUUUCUUUCAAUUGCGUUGUACUUUAAAAUUAAAUUUGUAUACAACCCAAUCAGCGUUUCCGGGCAAUUACAUAGAUCGUCUAGCCACUAGUGAAAAUUUUUUUGGAAUGUUCGCGUGAUUGAAUAUCGCAAAAUCACUUUGUCACGCGAUACAUUCGAUUAAUAUAAUCGUUAAUAAUGUAAUGUAAAGAAAUACCUGUACAUUUUUGAAAUAGAUCUGAAGUCGAGGGUGUCAUUCAAUUGAUAAUUCAAUCAAAGUUGUGAGAAACAAUACUUUUAGGGUCUUCGUUUUUUUGUGAAAACGUCUGUUAUCUAAGGAAAAAGCGAGAAUUUUCUGAAAUAGCUUGGCAAAAGUGCCGCCAUUGUCUGCUAAGCUUUCUCUGCGCCUCGUUAUCUAGUCGUUAUCACUAGAUAGUUUUAUAAAUAAUUCAUCGAUUAAUUCAUCUCUAUGCAAAUGGGAAAAUGAAUCUCCUCUGGAUGAACUUGUAGAUGUUAUUGGCUUCGUAAUGUGUAGUUAUUUUAAUGGCAUGCAAUUUAGAUCAAGGUUCUUCAUCGAAUCAGCAAGUUUUUUCCCAAACGUACGUAACUCUUCGAAUAUCGUAUUCAUUUUUUCUUCAAUUUCGGUAUAACCGGAUCGAUCCGCAGCGUGAUCUUAUGUUUAUCGUGUCGAUCAUAAACAAUCUUGGACCGAUUCUCCAAAAAGAAGAAUACCAGAAGCGUUUGUGCAAGCUUCAAACUUUCGAAUCCUUAGAUAUUAUUUGGUUUGAACGGAAUUUCCACGUUUUUCGUCGAUACCUUACGAAAGAUGUGUAAAAUUGUGUAGAAAAAAAAUAUUGCGCAAAUAGUAUUUUUUCUUUCUCAUUUUUUUUUUUUUUUGUACACCCAUAAGAAGAGGAAAACGUUGCGAAAGAAUGUGGCGGUGAGUUUAGUUUCGACUGUGUACCAAUGACUGAAUUAGCGAUGCGAAUAAAGUUAAUAUUUAAUAUUUUGCGACCAUAUAAUUCGGCCGGGACGGUUUUCAAAUUCAACUCAUGGCGACGCUGCGUACAUAGACGUUAAAAAUUUUCGGAAUCUAACAUCGCGUCGGACGAGUACACCGCGAAAAUGCAUUAAUUAUCGAACCACGGCUCACUCGUGUAGGGCUAUGAUGUUUCAGCCAUGGAUUUCUGAAUAUUUCACCAUUCACUGCGACACUGUCGCAGAUUUGCGACGGUGAACCUACGCCAAAUAUUAUACCUACCAUGUGUCAGGCAGACAAUCAAUAUACACCGAGGUGUGUUUGCUAAAAAUUAAACGUACGGUUUCGUUAUAUUUGUAUAGCCGAAUGGGUGAUACAACCGCGCACUUCCAACUCGUAUAGCUAAUUGUUGCGUCUCUCCGCGGAAUAUAUUCGGACAGUUUUGAGGAUGCUGUGACGAGGAUAUGUUCUGAGACGCAGUCUAACGUUAUCGUGUUUAUAGUAAUGUAAUACAUCCGAUGUUUCCGCGGGUUUCGUAAAAAAGUAUUGUAAAAUUUCUUACAUCACUGCAUAAACGCGCUCGUUGAAUUCGCGAGGACAUCCUUGUGUUGCCGAUUACGUGGAUACAAACGAUUACAGUAUUAUUGGACGAUCGCGUGAUUUUAAAUACUCUUCAGAGAUUUCGUUCCUUUGCAUAAAAAUAAACGUUACGGGGGAGAAAUAGAAGCGAAAAGAAAAAAUCGAAGCCGUGAAAAUCGAAGCCAUGCGGAGUUCAACGAUAGCGUAUAAUUUCAUAGUUUUUUGGAUCGUCUGCAGCAUCUGUUUGUCCUCGGUGAAUUCCAGCGAAGUACAACAGACGCAAUGGAUGACUCAGAUAACAGGAUUUAUGGAGCCGAUAUCAUCUCUCGUCGACGAAAGGUGCAGGAAUGAUACACUGGAGUACCUGAGAGCAGUAAAAAACGCAUCGAAUUUCUGGGCGCUAAGUAUGAUCGACGCAACGGCCAAAUUUCCAUCGGGAAUUCUGUCAGGGAACAUAAGGUCGAUGGGUAACUUCGAUCAAUGUCUUCUCGUCCAGCAUCCAGCCGGCAAUUAUCAAGGAAAAUAUUGUUUGGCUCGAUUGACGUACUCCCAGCUACCGGGAAGUAAUAACGAAGAUUUGGACAAGUACGUCGAUCUCGUAACGGCAGGUAGAAGGAUGCUGGAACUCGGCGACGAUUGGGUCAACGGCACCCAUAUCCUACCGACAUAUUCAUACGGCAAAUGGGCGGUUUGUCUUCCAUCCACGUGCUCGACUAACGACAUCGCGAUCCUGACCAGAGAAGCAAUCGAACGAGCGACCGUUGACGUCGGAUUAGAGGUUGGCGUUUACCUGGACGAUGAUCUUUGCUACAGCGCAGCAUCUCGAUCGAAACCUUUCACGAUCGUCGAUUAUUUCGUAACAACGAUAUUCGUGGGCCUUGUAAUAUUUACAAUAAUUGGAACGGCUUCUUGUCAGUUUGGCAAUGUUCAAAAAAGAAGCGGAGUCCUUGUGAAAAUUUUACGGGCCUUCUCAGUGGUUGACAAUUGGAAGCAAUUGACGAAUUUCGACGCACCCCCGAAUGACUCGAUCACGUGCUUGGAAGGGAUGAGAACCCUGUCGACUGCUUGGGUCAUAAUGACGCACCAAACCAUGUUCAUUGGCCAGCUUGCUUACAUCAAUAAGCUCGAAAGUAUAAAGACUCACGACGAUUUUGUCUAUUACCCGAUGUGGAACAGUUACUUCAACGUGGACACCUUCCUUCUUGUCAGUGGGCUACUUCGUUCGUAUAAUUUGACCAAGGAGUUCGCACAGGGUCGAGCUAAUCUGCUGAAAUCCAGCCUUCAGAGAUAUCUUCGUCUGACACCUUCUUAUCUCAUCGUCAUUUUAUUCUACGUUUCGUAUUUCGAUCGGUUAGAUUCGGGACCCGAAUGGAAUCUUUACGUCGUAAGGAAUUCCGAUGCUUGCAGAAAAUAUUGGUGGCAAAAUUUGUUGUACAUCAAUAAUUACAUGCCUCACAAUUACAAGUGUCUUCUGCAAUCGUGGUACCUGUCAACGGACAUGCAGCUCUUUUUGUUGGCCCCGUUUUUCGUGUAUCCAUUGUGGAAAUGGAAACUCUUCGGCAGAUCGAUCAUCGCGUUCGCGACGAUCGUGUCUGUUGCCCUACCCUUCGUUACCACCUGGAUAAACGAGUUUCCUGGAACGUACAUGUUCACCUUUAGAAAUUCACUUCUCAACUCGUACGCGCAUCGCAUUUACAUGGCGACCCAUAACCGUAUGUCACCGUAUUUCGUCGGACUUGCGUUAGGCUACAUUUUCCAGCAGAAGAAAAAUGCGUCCCUUUCAAAGUGGAAGGUUGCCGCGGGGUGGAUAGCAUCGUUAGGCGUUAUGUACGCGACUCUUUACGGGGCCAGGAACAUGACCUCGUUUCGGCAUACCUUCAAUCUGUGGGAGUCGGCCCUUUACGGAGGUCUUCAUCGCUUCUCCUGGGCUGUCUCUGUGGCCUGGGUCAUUUACGCCUGUCACAUCGGGUACGGAGGAUUGGUCAACAGGUUCUUGUCCUGCAAUACGUUCAGGUUGCUCGGACGCUUGAGCUACUCGAUUUACCUUUCUCAUUUAGCAGUGCUGCUCUACAAUGCGGCAGUUCUUCAAGCACCCAAGCAACUGCAUGUCUACAUAACCAUACGAGAUUUCCUGGGCGAUUUCGUUUUCAUCUUUAUAGUAUCCCUACCGCUUUACAUGAUUGUUGAGCUCCCUUUGUUUGGUGUAACUAAACAAUUGUUUAAAAGAAAAUAAACAACAAAUUUAUCGCUGUA